AAAAAAAAAACAAGCAGGUCAAAAAUCAAUAUCAGCACGUUCUUACCCUCCUGCAAAAGUAGGGGAACUUCCUACUGCUAUGAAUAUUUGGUGUGAAUCUAUCUUGAUUUCCCUAUAAUUCAACAUACUAUGACACUGAUGAAGCUUUAACAUAUCAGUUUGGGUUGAAUUCAUGUGGUGGGCAUAAUGCUAGCUCUUGGUGUUUGCCCUCUGAAAAUUGAUUCUUCGAAGGUAUAUCAUUCGGAUUUGGAGCAGGGGUUAUCUCCAAAUUCAUUUUCAAGAAGGGGGUUUGUCGAAAGACUGGACCUUGCUCCCACUACUGUCUUGUUUGUAUCAAGAAUUUCCGAGUCUCGGUUCAAUUUUCUUAGAUUUUACGGCCCACGAAAACAUUGUAUUGGCUCAUUUUCAGCAUUACCCUUACUGUCCGAGGAACAAGCAACUAUCUGUACCACUUCUGAACAAGAUCAACUGUCACGGAGCCGGGUUACCAAGUCAACUCAGACUGAGGGAGGAAUUAUCAAGGGUAAGAGAACAAGAGUGAGGGUUGAUGUUAAAGAACUUGCACAGAGAUUGCACACAGCCAAGAAUGCAGACGAUGUUGAAGAUAUUCUGAAGAACAACGAUGAACUUCCCCUCCAAGUGUACUCAACUUUAAUUAAGGGUCUUGGUAAGAACAAUAGGCUAGAUUCUGCAGUCUCACUUGUUGAGUGGUUGAGAAGAAGAAGAAAGAAAGACACUUCUACUGUUCUUCCCAAUCUUUUCAUCUACAACAGUCUCUUAGGAGCAGCAAAAGAGGCUGAAAAGUAUGACGUGGUUGGCAAAAUAAUAGAGGACAUGUCCUCAGCUGCAAUUAAUCCCAAUAUUGUGACAUAUAACAUUCUAAUGAGUUCAUAUAUACAGAAAGGUCAAGAACUCGAAGCUCUCAAUCUUUUCAAUGAGAUACCAAACAAGGGUUUAUCUCCAAGCCCCGUGUCCUAUUCCACAGCCUUAUUUGCUCACCGAAGACUCCAAGACGCGUUUGGGGCCGUGAAAUUGUUCACAGAAUUGAGAGACAAGUAUUAUGGCAAGGAUGAGUUUCCCAAGCUUGAGAGUUUCACCGCCCGAAUAUGUUACCAGGUGAUGAGACAGUGGGUGUCAAAGAGGGAAAAAUCAAGCACAGAUAUAUUGAGACUAAUGAUAGAAAUGGAUAAGGCGGGAAUUCAGCUUGGGUGUGUAGAAUGUGAGCGCCUCAUCUGGGCAUGUACGCGUGAAGAACAUUACCCAAUUGUUAAAGAGCUCUAUCAAAGGAUAAGAGAGAGAAACUACGGAAAUAUUAGCUUAACUGUUUGCAACCAUGUGAUCUGGCUAAUGGGGAAAGCCAAAAAAUGGUGGGCAGCUCUUGAAGUAUAUGAAGACUUGCUUCUUAAAGGGCCAAAACCAAACCAGUCCUCUGAUGAGCUUAUAGUGUCACAUUUUGAUGUUCUUCUCAGUGCAGCCAGGAAAAGAGGAAUAUGGAAAUGGGGCAUUGGGUUACUCAAUAAGAUGGAAGAGAAAGGGAUCAAACCGCGAAGUAAGGAAUGGAACAAUGUCCUUGUAUCAUGUUCAAAGGCUUCAGAAACGUCAGCUACCAUAGACAUAUUCAAGAGAAUGGUGGGAAAUGGUGAAACCCCGACUAUCGUAUCCUACGGGGCGUUACUAAGUGCCCUAGAGAAAGGUAGGCUGUAUGAUGAGGCGGAUCGGGUAUGGAAACACAUGGUAACAGUAGGGGUAAAAGCAAAUUUAUACACCUACACAACCAUGGCUUCGAUCUACAGCGCCCAGGGUAAAUUCAAUGCGGUAAAUUCCAUCAUCCGGGAAAUGGUGACUCGCGGGAUUGAUCCAACAGUGGUCACAUUCAAUGCUGUUAUCAGUGCUUGUAUACGAAAUGGUAUGGGGAGUGCCGGUUAUGAAUGGUUUCAAGAAAUGAAAGCUGCAAACAUAAGCCCUAAUGAGGUGACCUAUGAAAUGCUGGUUGUGGGGCUUACUAGUGAUGGUAAGCCGAGGAUGGCCUUUGAGUUGUAUGUUAGGGCUCUCCGUGAGGGUAUGGUUCUUUCAGCGAAGGCUUAUGAUGCUAUCAUCCGUUCUUCAUUGCUACAUGGACUUAAUAUUGAUGUUACCACUCUUGGGCUCCGGCCAGUGAAAAAGCAGAAAAAUGUGCAAAGUAGAAACUCUUUGAUGGAGAAGAUAAAGUGAGGAUGAAGAUGUUUAGGGGGAAGGGAAUGGGAGGCUGAAAUGGAAAAUGGGAGAUGAAGAGGAGAAAAAGUGGGAUUACUAUGGGAAUGGGAGAGGAGAUGGGCUAUUUAUACCGGGUACACAAGGUGCAAGCCCUUGUGCACAAAUAUCUUUUUUCUUCUGUUAGCCUGACGGUUCCUAUCAUUGGUAUGAGACGGAGAAUCUGAAGCAUGGAGGAGGAUUUCUACAUGACACCUCAAAUGGAAGAGAGUUUUGAUAAUAUUGACCGACUGAUGAGGGAGUCAAAUGCUAGGUUAGCGACAAUGCAAGCUGGCAUCGCAGAAUUGCAGAACCGACUUAAAAGUUGUUCGCGGGAUCGAUCGCACAAAUCGCAUAGGUCGCAUCGCGACUCUCUUCAUCGACGUAUGCAACAUCCGAUUGACUCAGAGGAAUCGGAAGAACAGAGUCUUCGCAGAAGACCUGGAGAUCGAUCGAGGAACUUCAGCCAUGAGCCGCUAUCACCGACGGAUUCGCAGAUGAAAUCGCGAACUUCUCAUAUUUCGCAGUCACGAACCUCAUCUUCCAGUUCACGAUCGCGAACUACUUAUUUUGGCUCGCACUCGCGAACUUCUGAUCACUAUUCACAGACGCGAACAGUUUCUCUCUACUCGCAGACUUACUCCUCAGAUAUCAAUAUGCGUUCAAGAAAGAAGCUAGGGAGUGGAGAAUCAUCAUAUUUGUCGCCAAAGGAUUAUCACUGAAAUAUCAAUAUUCGGCUAUUUCAGAGUCCAAGCUAUUGCAGAAAGAUUUAAAGUGGACGUGGCAGCGAAGGCUAUGGGGGAAGAAGCAGAUGGCUGGUUUCAAUGGUGGGAUUUUCAAAAGAGAGAAGACAGUUGGGAGGCACUAAAAGAAGAUUUGAUUAGGGAUUUUCCACCUAGACACCUGCAGAAGACAGGGAAGACGACAAAACAGGAGUCAUCCAAGUCACGAAGAACGUCCAGUUCGCAAUCUUCUAAGCGGAUUAAUGUUACUCCAUGUUUGAAAUCGAGUACCACUUUGACCAGCUCGCUAAUUAAUCAUCAUCUUCGAUCGUCAUUAGAAGGAAUUUUUACUGAUUUGCAGAUGUCAUCAAAACUUUUGUCCCAGGUUUCCGAAUCAAGAUGGAAUCCAGCUGAAUCAUCAGUUUCAAAUGAACCUGUAAUCAAGAUGGAACCAACUGAACCUGUAAUCAAGCAAAGGAAUAAGGAAGAUGAAAUCACGGUGGAAAGAGUCCUAAUGGUUCCUGAAAAGUCUGAUCCAAAGAUUCAUAAGGAUCAUGUUUAUCUUUUUUCUGAAGAAUCUGCUAUCACCCGGGGAAACCGCACACAGAUUAAUGCUGCUGAUAAAUCUAGCCAUGACCAACACCUCGAAUUACAACAAGCAGAAUUACAGCCAUGGGUUGAGAGCAUGUUAGACUACCCCAAGCCUUACUUACAUAAUUCCCUUGGAGAAAAUGAAAGUUAUCAAUUGUUGGGAGACAUCUAUGCAAUGACAGCUCAUGACCUAUUACUUCCUGAGGUUUAUAAAGUCUUCACAAGGUUUUUACAGAGGUUGAACCCAAAGAGUUACCAGCAAACUCCAGUUAUUAGGGCUCCUGGUAGCAUACAGCCUUUGGAUGUUCACAUUUUACCUUAUGUUAGGCAAAUGUGGACCAAACCACGACAACAUCGUGAAGAAUUGGUUAUUGAUUCACCAGAUCUUCUGCCACUAUGGUUGAAACCUUUACCCAUUGAUGACGUCAAAGCUGUGAGCGGAGUUUCUUGUGAUCCUAAUACCAGGAUAAGUAUUCAAAGCAAGAAGCAGGAACUAUGGGAAUGGAGAGGAAUUUCAAGGGUGAAAGAAAUGAAGAUGAAUGGUCAAGUAUUGAUGCUGAUGGGUGCAGUUUACAAAAGGAAUGGGCCUAGUCUUAAGUUUGAUAGAAGGGAGUGCAAUAUCAUGGAGAUUGUUGAAUUCUUAAAUUCAAAUAUAGAAACACGGCAUGACUCAAGUUCUCUUGAACCUUCUUCUGACAUGUGUGUGAAUGAAGUUCUGCAUGAGAUAUUCAGUGUGAAGUUUCAAUUAAGAGAUAGGGUGAAGUCAGAAGCAAAUGCUAGGCUGAGGCUGGUCAGGAGUUUUUCAUAUAGAGGACUAGAAGUUUGGAAAAGUAUGACACCACCACCAGCUAGAUAUUGGGAGGGGAGAGGCACCCGGAGGAAGCGGAAUUCCAGAAUUGGUUCCUAUCAUCCCACCUUGAGGACAAGGUGGUUGUUUAGGGAUGUAUUGAUAGGAACCCACUUAUAUUAGACUAAUAAUAGGAGUAUUAAUAAUAAUAUUAGUAAUAAGGGUCUGAGUACCCUAGUAUAAAUAGACGGGUAAGGGAGUUAGAGAGGAGGCUUUUAGACAUUUGGUCUUGGGACUGGGAAGGAUACGAGACUGAACAUCUCGAUCUUUUGGGGCUACGGCUUUGGGGGCUUCGGCCUUGUUCACUAUUUCUUUUCUGUAAUCGAUAUCUUCUUCAAUAAAAUUCUUCAGCUGAUUUCUUGUUACUCUUCUUGUAAUUGUUCUGGAAUUCUGGAGGUUCCUAUCAGCCAACUUUGUAUGCAAUCAGCAUCAUUAAUCAUUAAAACAAAGGCAAACAAUAACUUACAUGAGGGGAAGAAGGGGUCGGUUGAGUAACGUCAAAGUCAAUUUGCAUACUCAAUGAAGCCUCUAGAGUGCAAAGGAAAGCAGAGUAGAGUUUGGGUGAUGUUAUACGAAUGGAAAAACGUAUGUUGAGGGAUGAAUAAUGAAGAGAGUAACAUGUCUUGACCAUGUGGUACAUUCUUAUAAAGCAAAUUUUUAAUACCUAACAUAGGUAUUGAUUUAAUUGGCUUUUAUUCUUUAUACUUAUUACAUUGUAGUUAUAAUUAUAAUACUUUUGUAUUUUUUAAUUUAAGAUUUCCAAAUUUCAACUAAAGAGGGAGUUGCAUGGCUCUUAAAGGUUUUAAAUUUAUGUCUCUUCUAAUCUUAAUGUGUUUUUAUGUGACUCCAUAUUGCAGAAGUGGAAAAAAGAUUGUGGUUAGCUUAUAUUUUCAAAAAGUUGGUCUCUGAUUUCUACCACAUAACACAUGGUCUACAUUUCUUUGUUUUGAUUUAGUUAAUAAUGGUAUUUAUAUUAUCAUUUUCCAUCAUUUGCACUGGAGCCAAAGACUCGCUAUUUUUUGGCUUGGGAAUAUGAUGGAAUAAAGCAAAAUGGCUCACUAAAUUGUCUGCACUUCUGUGUUAUGAAGCAACAGUCAGUCCAUGCAAUUUUCAUCGCGAUUUUCACUAUGGGUCAUCUGGAAACAGUCUCUUUGUGCUUUAGUACAUGGGUAAGACUGCGUACAUCUACCCCCUACCCCAUCGUAGGCGGGAGCUUUUGCGGCAGUGGGGUAAUGAUGAUGGUGGUAUUUAUAUGAUCAGUUAUUUUGUUUAAAACAGUACAUUUACAAAAAAAACACCUGGAUAGGCUGCCUAGGCAGUAUAAUAACUUUCCAUUUUAUUGUCUCUGAAUCGUGGUCACAUUGUUCAUUUCCACGCUCCAAACAUUAUACUAUGUAUAGUUUUUUAACUAACCCUUUCUGUGUCUUGGUUUUGAAAAUAAGUUGACAUAAUGAUGGAGUAUAUUCCCGUAUACCCCAGGGGUACCAUGAUCGCCGGUAUAAAGCAUCACAGAUCCAUCAAGGAGCGCGAAAAUACUAAAGUCUACAACUGGACCUCGACCUCGACCGCCGAGGUCAGAAAAUAGCAAGCUCAGGAAUCAAUCGGACUUGGCAAGAAUCGAAGCGAACCAACCUCGACCCCGAGGUCGGGAAAUCACCAGGCUCAGGAAUCGACCAAACUCGGCGAGUUAUGAGCCCGACCUCGAAACACCCGAGCUCGGCAUCGAGUCUGACCGCGUAGGUCAGACACAUGGUUAACAAUGCAAGCGCCAUGCAGUCAACCACCUCGAAGAUAGGAACAAGAGACAGGAGGCAAGUUAUCUCAUCACGAGCCCGAGUCUCCGAAUACCGGCCUCGGUAAGCCCGAGGUCAGAUUAAGGCAUUGUGGACUUAGACAAAUCCGCAAGGAUCAACAUCGUGGGAAAGCGCUGCCACAUCACCAUUAGCACCAGGGAAUAUUCUUGGUUACCCACGCUGAACCGCACGGGGAUUCUGGCAGCAAUUCUGUUAGCAACAAAUUCCAAUCAGUCAGCUAUCCAAGACUCUCUCUCCAAUCACCUUUACACAUGGUUGUUCCUCAUCGAAUUAGACUGUUAGUUUGUUAGAAUAGCUUUACACAUGUCCCCUUCUCAUUAGAUCAACAUCUUUUACUUGGGCACCAAGUAUUACCUUUUCUCCCUUAGUAUAAAUAUCAUCUUCCAACUUGUGGAAAGAGAUGUUCAAUUAAUCGCGUUCUCAAUACUCUUACUGUAAUUCGGCCGGAUUGCAUACCUGUACUUUCCGAUCAGUUCACUCUCUCAUUUUACUUGGAUUCCGACUACCCCUGGUCCGGUGAUCCAUCACAUAGAUUGACCCUAAAAAAUGAACUAUAGUUUUGUUUUGAGACUAUACAAUAUGGGAUUCCAAUUACCAACCACUUUUAACUGGAAGCCAAUAAAAUGUUACUUUCCUUAUUUGUUUUCUAAUAUUUUACUUCUGGUUAGUCCAAGCGAGUCUUGUCCAAGUUGAUAAGGUAUAUUUUAUGUAAAAUAAUGUAUGCAGAGCUCUGAAUACUUUUAUUAUACAGUUUUCAUCAUUUGUGUUGCCUUUUUUUUCUUUUUCUUGAAUUUUCACUCAGUGUGGACAUAUACAACUUAUUAAAUUUCAACCAAUUUAUUUAUUUCACUUACUUUUUCAGUUGCUUAGUGUAUACAUGCUCUAAAGUGUUCUCUAACGUCCUCUAUAAUUGAAAAUUCAGAUUUAAUUACUUUCUAAUUAUUUACUCUUUUAAUUAUACACUUAUACAUAGGUGAUAUUACUCUUUACAAUUAUACAAAGUAAUAUUUAUUUAUUAAUCAACAACUACCAUCCCCUUCGACGCUAACAGAUAAGGUUUUAAUAAGUCCUAUUUCGCUUUCACUCUUCUCCUCAUCGGUCAUGGUCACAGAUUUCCACUCUCAAGUUAUGGUCUGCAUGUACUAACCCAAGAAUGUUAAAAAAUACAGAUGUAGAGGUUGUCAUUGGGUAUGUCGUAUUAUUGUUGUAACAUAAAUGAAAAUGCAUAUUGGUACCCUACUAAUUCCAUUUCCAGGGGUAAAGAGUAAAGUUGCCUUAAGUUAAAGGUUCUUCUGUGCAUUUAGGGUACCAGAUUAACCAUUUCAGGCUGCAUUUUGUUUGUGUCGUGUCCUUACAAAUACAAGUUGACUAUAAUAUAGUGACAUAUAUACCAUUCGAUCUGUUAUACCUAUAUGAUGUUAGUACAGUGUUUAAGAACUGUUUAUAAAGUUUUAUAUAGGGAUAGAAAAGAAUGAGUUAAUUAAUAAAAUGGUGGUACUGAUCCAACUAUGGUCUUCUGUGCAUGAAAUAAGGAGUCAUAUAAUUUCUAAAGUCCUUUAGAUUCCUCUUCAAACCUAGCUCUAGAUUUUCUACAAUCGUUGAUGUUAAUUUAGAGUAUUUAUUUCCCUAGAAGAAAAUGUAACACCAUAUUUCCGUUUUUGGGUUUUCCUCUUAAGUAAAAGAAGAACUAGAAAGCAAAAAGUGAUAAUGAGCCCAUAGCUUCUCAUUUUCUUCAUUUUCCUGUCAUGUUUUUUCUAAACAAUUACCAUUUUAGUGUCAUAUGUCACAAUGACAGAUGAAAAGAAAGCACUUCCUAUUUCUUUUCUGCAGGUUAGCUUGAGGGAACCUCUUCAUCUUGGUCCUGAUGACGAGGUAAUGGAGAUAAUUGGAUCUCGUUUGUGGUUGGUGGAGCUGGGCAGCUACACUAUAUUUGGACAUAUGGUGAUCGGUUCUAGGCUUCUAGCCUUACUGCUGCCCGUAUGUUGCAGAGCAUUGCUUCAACUGUGGUUCAGUUUAUCUACUGCAAAGCAUUGCAUGGGUAACUUCCAUUUAAGAUGGCAGUGAACUUUGCAGGUGCCUGUGUGAGUUUGGCGUUCGAUGAGGAGAAGCUUACCUAUGUUGUUUAUGUCGUCUGAGACUAGCUCGUAUUUUUAGCAUUCAUAUAAGCUUGCUUUAAAUGAUAUGGAAGUGUUUGUCUACGUAUUAUAUGGUAUGUCAUCUGAAAAGGUACUGGUUAAAUAUUAAAUCACUUGUAUUUUUGGCAUCUGUGCAAAACUAUUACUAAAAUUGAUAAUUUGUUGUGCCUAUAUGAAAUGUACUUCAAUUCGAC